CCUGCCACAUCCUACCUUCACACCCGAGGAUUCUUCGGGUGAAGUUUAUCUACACUUUUCCCGCCCGGGGACAACUAAGGCACAGAGAGGAAUAAAAGGCGCGAGUAGGACUGGGCCCGGAGGAUUCUCAGCCCUGGCUAGGUCGCUCCCGGUAGCGGUAGCGGGAACGUGAACGCUGCUGCCUGCCCGACCAGGCCCGAGGGGCGGGCCUCAGGCCUCGGUCUCGCCUGAGCCUGCCGCCUGCCGCCCGCCGCCCGCCGCUUCCCGGCCACAGUGCCGGGCGACGCCGCCAGCAUGCUGCAGAAGCGGGAGAAGGUGCUGCUGCUGAGGACCUUCCAGGGUCGGACGCUGCGGAUCGUGCGUGAACACUACCUGCGGCCCAGCGUGCCUUGCAACAGCCCGCUGUGCCCGCAGCCUGCCGCCUGCCGCAACGAUGGGAAGCUCCUGGCUGCCGAAGUCACUCAUUACGUGAUCCCAGACUGGAAAGUUGUCCAGGAUUACCUCGAGGUUCUGGAGUUCCCGGAGUUGAAGGGAGUUAUUUUCAUGCAAACGGCCUGUCAAGCUGUGCAGCACCAGAGAGGCCGGAGGGUGGCUCAGCAUGUAAAGGGCUUCGCACCAAGCCUGAGGACCUAAGUUCAAGCCUCGCUCAGUAUCCACACGGUAGAAGGAGAAAGCCAACUCCCUCAAAUUGUCCUCUGACCUCCACCCGUAGGUGCCCUGUGCCAUGCCCAUCCUCCUCCAAGAAGAUAAGUAUAAUAAAAAUUGCUUUAAAUAGCAUGGUGCAUGCAAAUAAUCUUUACUCGGCAUCUUGUAGGCUCUAAACCAUCUCUAGGUUACUCAAACACCUAGCCCAGCCCAAGUGCUCUGUAAGCUAUUGUCAUACUGCAUUGUGUGAGAAACAGACAGGCAAAAGCAUCCAUUCUUCGUACAGUCAGAUCUGUUAUUUCUAGAUGUUUUCUAUCUCAAUGCAGUGCCCUCAGGUAUAGAACAUGAGCGCACAGGGGACUGGCUCCCAGGCAAUGUGAUGGAUGGUGUUAUUUUAAUGAAAUGAAAUGAUCAGAGUUGCAUUUAACAACAGAGAGAUGUAACCUGUAGUCCUGUUGUGUGGUUUUAUAUUUUGAUCUCAGGAAUACCAAUGCAGAGAACGCCUGUUCUCAUACAUAAGCCGGAGAGAACAGCUGAAUGAUGGAAGUCUUUGAUUGUUGAGGAUAAGCACACACCUGUCACCAGCAGUCCUCACUCGAUGACUCUGCGAGGUUCUCCACACCAUCAUGCAUUCAGAUGUGCAUAGGCUCAUCCAGAUGUUUAUCCAGAGAGUGCUAGGACUGCGAACACAGCAGGAAACAAUAGAUCCAGUCCUGGGAGAGGACAGACAAGCUCAGGGAAUCUACCAACAGAUGUAGAGCCAGGCCUGUAGCAGGUGUUCUGAAGUACCAGGACAUGGCUUAGCAGAGCCCCAGCAGAGGGUCGGUGAGUGAAUAAGGGGGGCUCAGCUGAGUGAGCUGCCUAUAAUGAGCACUUGAGGAGGAGGAGGCCAGGCAAGGGAAAAAGCUUUCUAGGAAAGGAGACUUCUGGCCAAGCAUCCACGAGGAAGAGAUGUGGUCCACUCUAAGAACUGAAAGACACUAGGUCAGAGGGAAGGCCUCGUGGGCUUUGGGGAGGUCGAGGAAGGAUUUUGUGCAGGAUAGCAUGGUAUCAGGUGCUUGUUUUAAGAGUCCUGGAGAAAGGAAGGAGGCGGCUGUGGCUGUGGUACGACGGGGUGUUGCAUUAGCCUCUUUUGAAUUACUGUAACACAACACUUGAGGAAGGUCACCUUUCCCCUUUGUAUAAAGCCACCAGCAUUCAAUCCUGGGACUCUACUUAAUGAUGUUGAAUCCUAACCCUUCCCAGAAUCAACACCUUUGUGCGCAGGAUCUGAUUGACUUUCCACACUGAAUAUCUCACAAAGGGAUGGAAUUUCAGUGCAGUAGAGAACACAUUCAAACCAUCUCCAAAACUAUAGUGAGGAUGCUGGCAGCUUAGACGUGGAUGGAAGUGGGUGUUCCCAAGACCUGUUCAGUAGACAGUAUAACAAACUGCGAAACCUCCUGAAGGAUGCUCGCCAUGACUGCGUUCUCUUUGCUAACGAGUUCCAGCAGCACUGUUACCUCCCCCGGGAAAAGGGGGAAGCCAUGGAGAAGUGGCAGACCAGGAGCAUAUACAACUCAGCGGUUUGGUACUAUCACCACUGUGAGGACAGGAUGCCCAUCGUUAUGGUGACAGAAGAUGAAGAGGCCAUUCAGAAGUAUGGAAGUGAAACAGAAGGCGUAUUUGUCAUUUCUUUCAAGAAUUACCUGGACAACUUCUGGCCAGAUUUGAAGGCUGCCCACGAUCUCUGUGACUCCAUCCUUCAGUCUCGCCGGGAAAGGGAGACUGAGAGUCAGGAAACCCAUGGGAAAGAGUACCCAGAACAUCUUCCCCUAGAAGUACUGGAAGCGGGCAUCAAAUCUGGACGCUACAUCCAGGGAAUUCUGAAUGUCAACAAGCACAGAGCUCAGAUUGAAGCUUUCGUUCGCCUACACGGAGCCAGCAGUAAGGACUCAGGCUUGGUCAGCGACAUCCUCAUCCAUGGCUCGAAGGCUCGGAACCGCUCCAUCCAUGGAGACGUCGUGGUGGUGGAGAUGCUCCCCAAAAGUGAGUGGAAAGGGAGAACAGCCGCCCUGGGUGAGAACGACAGUGAUGACAAGGCCUCGGGCGAGUCCCCGAGUGAGCCCAUGCCCACAGGUCGAGUGGUAGGCAUCCUUCAGAAGAACUGGCGAGAUUAUGUGGUGACAUUUCCAUCCAAAGAAGAGGUCCAGUCUCAGGGCAAAAAUGCUCAGAAGAUCCUGGUUACGCCGUGGGAUUACAGAAUCCCUAAGAUCCGCAUCAGCACCCAGCAAGCAGAAGCCCUCCAGGAUUUCAGGGUGGUUGUGCGCAUUGACUCCUGGGAGGCAACAUCAGUGUAUCCAAAUGGACAUUUUGUGCGUGUCUUAGGGAGAAUCGGUGAUCUGGAAGGGGAGAUUGCAACCAUCCUGGUAGAGAACAGUAUCUCUGUGGUCCCCUUCUCAGAAGCCCAGAUGUGUGAGAUGCCAGUGAACACACCAGAAAACCCUUGGAAAGUGAGUCCCAAAGAAGAGCAAGAGCGGAAGGACCUGAGGACCACCCACCUCGUGUUCAGCAUCGACCCCAAAGGUUGUGAAGAUGUGGAUGACACACUCUCAGUCAGAACCUUGAAUAACGGCAACCUGGAGCUGGGGGUCCACAUCGCUGACGUCACACACUUUGUGGCCCCUAACUCUUACAUCGAUGUUGAAGCUAGAACGAGGGCCACCACUUACUACCUAGCGGACCGUCGCUAUGACAUGCUGCCUUCCAUCCUCAGCGCAGACCUCUGCUCCCUCCUGGGAGGCGUUGACCGGUAUGCUGUGUCAGUCAUGUGGGAAUUAGAUAAAACCUCUUAUGAAAUUAAGAAGGUGUGGUACGGCAGAACCAUUAUCCGAUCAGCUUACAAACUGUUCUACGAGGCGGCCCAGGAACUACUGGACGGAAACUUCAGCAUUGUUGAUGAUAUUCCAGAACUUAAAGCCUUGGACAAGCAGAGCCAACAGGCCAAACUAGAGGAGUUAGUGUGGGCAAUUGGAAAGUUGACAGACAUAGCUCGCCACAUCCGAGCAAAGAGAGACCGCUGUGGAGCCUUGGAGCUGGAAGGGGUAGAGGUUCGAGUCCAGCUGGAUGACAAGAAGAACAUCCGUGACCUCAUCCCCAAGCAGCCCCUGGAGGUUCACGAGACGGUGGCUGAGUGCAUGAUCCUAGCCAACCACUGGGUGGCCAAGAAGAUCUGGGAGAGCUUCCCCCACCAGGCUCUGCUGCGCCAGCACCCUCCACCACACCAGGAGUUUUUCUCAGAGCUCCGGGAAUGUGCUAAAGCAAAAGGCUUCUUCAUAGACACACGGUCCAAUAAAACCCUGGCUGACUCUCUGGAUAGUGCAAAUGACCCCAAGGACCCCCUGGUAAACAAGCUGCUGCGCUCCAUGGCCACCCAGGCCAUGUCCAACGCGCUCUACUUCUCUACGGGAUCCUGCGCAGAGGAGGAGUUCCAUCAUUACGGGCUGGCCUUAGAUAAAUACACCCACUUUACCUCUCCAAUAAGAAGAUACUCAGAUAUUGUAGUACAUCGGCUAUUAAUGGCAGCCAUUUCAAAAGACAAGAAAAUGGAGAUUAAAGAAAAUUUGUUCAGCAACAAAAAUCUUGAGGAAUUAUGCAGACACAUUAACAACAGAAACCGAGCGGCACAGCGGUCUCAGAAGCAGUCCACCGAGCUCUUCCAGUGCAUGUACUUUAAAGACCGAGAUGCAGAAACUGAGGAGCGCUGCAUAGCUGAUGGAGUUAUUUAUUCCAUUAGAACAAAUGGUGUACUUGUAUUUAUACCAAGGUUUGGGAUUAAAGGUGCUGCUUAUCUGAAGAAUAAAGAUAGCUUAGUGAUCUCCUGUGGCCCAGAGGGCAGCUCUGAAUGGAAGCCAGGAUCCCUACAAAGAUCUCAAAACAAGAUCAUCUCUACCACAGCUGGAGGGCAGUCUGUUACAUUUCAUCUAUUUGACCAUGUGACGGUAAGAAUUUCUGUCCAGGCCUCGCGCUGCCACUCUGAUACAAUCAGGCUUGAAAUAGUAAGCAACAAGCCAUACAUGAUCCCAAACACAGAACUCUGUCACCAGAGCUCCCUGCUGAAGAGUGAGUUAGUGAAGGAAGUAACCCGAUCUGUGGAGGAAGCGCAGCUUGCACAAGAAGUCAAAGGCAAGGUGAUUCAGGAAGAGCAUCAAGAAUACUGCCAGACAAAGGGAAGAAGUCUGUACACACUUCUGGAGGAGAUAAGGGACCUAGCUCUUCUGGAUGUCUCUGACAGUUGUGCAAUGUGAAAUACUUCCAUGUCAUUAAAGACCUUUGUCUUAA